AUGUUGGAGGAUCUGUUGCUGCUGCUCAUUGUACGUGACACCUCUCUGCGGGGGAGCGUCCUGAGAGGAAGCUGGUGUAUGACCCACGCACGCUCGGAGCUCUCUCCGUCCCGGGAGACGCUCACCUACGCACAGGCUCAGAAAAUUGUGGAAGUUGACCUGGAGGGGAGAAUCCACCGCAUCAAUAUCUCUGACCUCCUUCCCAUUAUAACCGAUGAUGAAAUGACGGCACAGGAUAUUGUAGAAUGCAACAGCAACAAGGAGAACAGUGAGGAAAAGACCCAGAGCAAAACCAGCCUUUCAGAAGCUCCUUCCCUGCCAACCGCCUAUUACCGAUUCAUAGACAAAACAGCGGAAGAACAGGACAAUGUAGCAGAGUAUGACAUGGAUGAAGAAGAUUUAGCCUGGUUAGAAAUGGUCAACCAAAAACGAGUGCACGACGGUGUGGCCUCGGUACCGCCAAACACGUUCGAACUCCUCAUCGACCGACUGGAGAGAGAGUCCAUAUUAGAAUCCCGGAGUCAGGCUUUGGCUCAGUGUGCUGUCGAUGAGGAUGCCUUUUGCUGUGUUUGCCUGGAUGACGAAUGCCUAAACAGUAACGUGAUUUUGUUUUGCGACAUCUGUAAUUUAGCAGUGCAUCAGGAGUGCUACGGGGUGCCCUACGUCCCAGAAGGCCAGUGGCUGUGUCGCUGCUGCUUGCAAUCCCCCUCCCGCCCAGUAGACUGCGUGCUGUGUCCCAACCGGGGAGGUGCCUUCAAGCAAACAAGCGACGGGCGCUGGGCUCAUGUCGUCUGUGCCAUAUGGAUACCGGAAGUCUGCUUUGCCAAUACUGUGUUUUUGGAGCCAGUGGAAGGGAUAAAGAACAUCCCCCCCGCCCGCUGGAAGCUAACAUGCUAUCUCUGCAAGCAAAAGGGCAGGGGCGCGUCCAUACAGUGCCACAAAGCCAACUGCUACCGGGCUUUCCAUGUGACGUGCGCCCAGAAAGCCGGUUUGUUUAUGAAGAUCGAUCCAGUCAGGGAGACCGGCGUGAACGGAACUACUUUCUCAGUGAAGAAGACUGCGUUCUGUGAGCACCACUCUCCAGUCGGGGAGCGGCGGGACGGCUCGGGAGAUGAAUCCGUGGAGGGAAGGCUGGUGGGAGGGAGGGGCAACAGGGGGCAAAGAUCUUACACCCAGAGCUCGCCAUCGCCGCAAAAUAAAAAAGGUACAAAAGGACAGAAGAAGAAGAGGGGAGGGUCGCGGCGAUCCAAUGUGCCUCUGCUGCUUGUGCCUCAGAUACCGUCGCACAGGCUGAAUAGGAUCUGUACUGGGGUAAACGUCCAGAGAAAAAAUCAAUUCAUGCAGAGACUUCAUAACUACUGGCUACUGAAGCGGCAGUCAAGAAAUGGGAUGCCUUUGAUACGACGGCUCCACUCUCAUAUGCAAACUCACAAAACCACUGAACAGAAGGAGCCCGAUGAGAAGCUGAGUGCGGCGAGAGAGGAGCUGAGAUACUGGCAGAAACUGAGGCAGGACCUGGAGAGAGCCAGACUCCUGAUCGAGCUCAUCCGGAAGAGGGAGAGGCUAAAGAGGGACCAGAUGAAACUUCAGCAAGCUGCUCUUGAGCUAAAGCUAACUCCAGCAAUGGUGCUCUUUCGAACCACUUUGGAGCAACUUCAGGAAAAGGACACAAGUAAAAUAUUCUCACAACCCGUCAAUCUUUCAGAGGUCCCAGAUUACUUGGAGUUUGUUUCCCAGCCCAUGGACUUGGCCAUGAUGCGAACCAAGCUGGAGGCGCACGGCUACGCAACUAUCUCAGACUUGGAGAAGGACUUUGAACUCAUGAUAUCCAACUGCCUCAAGUACAACUCCAAGGACACUUUGUUUCAUAAGACUGCAUUACAGAUGAAAGAUGUAGGGGGCGCUAUCCUCAGACAAGCCCAAAGGCAGUUCCAGAGCAUUGGCUUGGACCCCAGCACCGGGAUGCAUCUACCAGAGGAGAUCAACAAGCACGGCUUCUACAAUUGCACGUGGGAUGAUGUGGACUCCCUGCUGGAUUCGGAGAACAGACUGCACCUCACGACAGAGGAGCAGCUGAAGGCUUUACUGGACAGAUUAGACACGGUAACGUCCAUGAAAACCAGCGGCGGUCGCACAAAACGUAUCCGAUUACUGCGCAGAGAGAUCAACUCGCUUAGACAGAAGACGAGCCACCAACACAGCAUCAGCAGCAACGAUAAGAAGGAGAAGGAAGAGGAGGAGGAGGAGCCGGUGAAGGUGCGGGGGACGGGGAAGAAGAGGGAACGUGCUGACAAGAAGGAGAAUGCAAACACAGAUGACGUUCCUCCAGUGCUUGAGCUCACUUGCCCGGUGUCAUCCCCUCUUCCUGGGGAUGCCCCUCUUGAACCACCCGACUUAAGCAUCACUUCUGGGGGGCAGAGAUCUCCCGGUCGCUCCUACAAACGCCAGAGAUCGUCACGUGGCAACAGCAAAAGUCACAGAGAAGAAGAGGCAGAGGUAGCAGAAACACGAUCGUCCCAACAGGAGGCGGAGCACGAAGCCACGCCCCUGGGAAGCCCACCCUCACUGUCUGUGGUCGGAGUAGGGCGUCGGACAUCCGUGCUCUUUAAAAAAGCAAAAAAUGGAGUUCGAAUGGCAAAAAAUGUGAUGUCACAAAGUGGGAAAGAAUCUGGGGGUAAAGCAAAUGGACUUGAUAGUGCACCAGGGAGCCCACUAUCAGCUGAUGUAACAAACGUGGACUUGCCUCCUACACCGUCACCCACUCCACCCUCUCCAUCCCACCGCCUAAGGUCUCGAGGACACAGCUCAUACCAUGAAGCAGAGAAACCGCCAUUACUGGAUAAAGAAGGUCUAACCAAUGGGAAGCACGCCUUGACUGAUACUGAAGAUGAGGAAGAGCAAGAUCCUCCUCCAAAACGCAGUCGAGGAAAACCAGCUCUGGCUAAAGUCCCCGAGAGUGAAAAUGAUGAGAUUUCUGCUGGCUCUUCACUGUCUGAGGAUAUGGACAUAGAGCUGACACCUCUGGACUUAGUUUGGGCCAAAACCAGAGGGUAUCCUUCAUAUCCAGCGAUGAUUGUUGACCCAGACAUGCCCCAGGAAGGGCUGCUCCACAAUGGGAUCCCUAUUCCCGUGCCUCCUGUGGAGGUGCUCAAGCUCGGAGAAGGCCGAGAGACGGAAGGAGAGGAAAGGCUCUUCCUGGUGCUGUUCUUUGACGCCAAGAGGACGUGGCAGUGGCUCCCGCGAAACAAGCUCGUCUCACUCGGAGCGGACGACACGCGAGACAAACUGAGAUUAAUGGAGGGAAAGAAGCCCAGUGUUCGCAAAUCUGUGCACACGGCCUACAACCGCGCCAUGAAACAUCUGAGCCACGUGAGAGAGAAUCUCAACUUCACCCCCUCCAAUUUUAUAUGA